AUGGCCGCCUCCUCCCCUCCGCCGCCGCCGCCGCCGCCGCCGCAGGAGCUCGCCGCAGUCGAAAAGCGGCCCCACCAUCCCCUCCUCGCCGCGGCCGCAGCCGCCUCCCUCCUCGCCGUCCUCUACCUCCCGCGGCCCCUCCUGCAGCUGCUCCUCUCCCCGGCGCCCCUCUCCUCCGCGCUCCUCCUCCUCUGCCUUCUCCGCCUCGGCUCCCCAACGCCUGCCGCCACCUCUCCUCCUCCACCGCAGCCGGAGCGAGCCGCGGAGGCCGCGCCUCCUGAGCCGGCCAAGCCCCAGAGCGUGUUCCUGGAGCCGGAGUUCGCGUCGUGGGCGCCCAAAGGCCGCGCCCUGGAGGUGAUCCACGAGGAGUUCGAGGCGGAGUGGGGGCCGGAGGAGAUGGGCCUGCCCUGGACCUCGGACUCCGACUCCGACAGCCGCAGCGGCAGCGACGACUACGACGACGGCGCCGGCCUCGGGGAGUACGGGAUGAUCGAGAUCGAGCUGGAGGAGGACAACCUCAUCGAGAUCGACAUCUCCAGGUGCCGGUGAUGAGCUUCCCCGACCACUACUCCCGCUGAUUUUCCCCCGGGGCUUCCUGCUUCUUGCGUUGGUUUUGACAAAACAGGAAAAUACUUUGCUGAUUCGGCGUGUGAAUUGGUGUGUGUGCCGUUCUUGAUUCUCUCUACUCUGUUUAGCUGGCCCGCAUUGCUGCAAUGUACAUAUAGGUUGUUCUGGUGAGAUACGGAGUGAGAAAACGCAUGUUAAUUUUGGCACAUCUGAGAGAUGAUGCCAAGUGUAGUUUCACGAUUCUAGACCAGUUUUUGUGCGAUUACUAUUGAAAACUUGAAGGAAUCGAGUUAUGAUA